CUGACUCUAUGCCUCUGGUGUGUUGGUGAGCCGCUGGAGUCUGUUGGGAGUGGUUGGGAACAUGAAAAGGAUACUUACAGGGAAAAUCAGUGGAGAAUAAGAUUACCUUGUGAGCCAGAAUAUAUUAAAUGGGCCGAAUGGCCACCUUUUCAUCUCAUAAGGAAAUAUAACGAUAAACCUCUUUGCAUUAAAACAAUAUAUAUCCUUAAAAUCUUUGGGCAUGUUGAACUCCCAAAAUUUGACCAUCUGCUGUAUGUUAAAUGGUUUGAUACGUGCUUUAAUGAAGCAAAUGGCAAGGUUUUGCUGCAUGCAAACCUUUGUACAAACUUGCUGCCGCAGGAUGAGGAACGGUAGCAACUCGUUUUGCAAUUGCUCUAACAUUUCCUGCAGAUAUGGACAUUCGUUGGUCUCUUUUUUAUUUGCAAAUUCGGCUCAGUUGGCGAGGCCUGUGUUGUUUUCCGUUUGUUUCAGCGCGGAGUGAAUAAGCGGCGUGCAGCAGCAGCAAGCCGGUCACUCGCCGCACUGUGUUGCAAGCAGCAGCAGCAGCAGCGGCGGCGACGGUGCUCCUUCCUCAACCCUGCCCGGGCGCUGGAGCUCCAGCAGCGGCGCUCCCCGCUGACCCUGCCCCGUGUCGGAGCUCCAGCAACGGCGCUCCCCGCUGACCCUGCCCGGUGUCGGAGCUCCAGCAGCGGCGCUCCCCGCUGACCCUGCCCGGUGUCGGAGCUCCAGCAGCGGCGCUCCCCGCUGACCCUGCCCGGUGUCGGAGCUCCAGCAGCGGCAGGGAGCGAUCUCGUCCCCGCCCAAUGGCCUCUCAGCAACAGGAGGAGCAGGGGAAGGAGGACGAGGUCGCCGCACUCCGGGCCAUUUACAGCGGCGACUUCCACCUCCUCUCUCAGUCAGAAUCUGAGGGGAUCACUUUCCAAAUUUAUGACGUCUGUAAUAACGUGCCGUUGAAGGUUACUUUUCAGUUACCGCCUGUCUACCCGUUCUGCCUGCCGCAUAUCACCAUCAGCUCGGAUCAACUUAGUCGCAAGCAGUGCUCUGAUUUGAAGGGGAACCUGUUACGGUACGCAGAGACUUUUCUUUCCCACCCCAUGGUUUAUGAGCUGAUGGCGUGGCUCCAGCAAAACGUCCAGAAUAGCCUGGACCAGCCAGCAGGUGAAGGUGACAACCAGCAGCACCAGACCAGCGCCGAUGAUGGAAUAUGGACGGCAUUGCUACAUUUAGACCACAUGAGAGCCAAGGGAAAAUACAUCAAAAGCAUUGAGAAAUGGACUUCUGACCUAAGACUCGCAGGAAGACUGAUGUUCAUGGGCAAACUCAUAUUAAUUCUUCUGCAAGGGGAGAGAAAAGAUAUCAAGGACUACCUAGUUGUCCAGAAAACCACCAAGGUGGACGUGGACUCCAGUGGAAAACAAUGCAAGGAAAAGAUGAUAAGUGUACUUUGUGAGGAACGACUUCACGCUGGGCAGCGCAGGCUUACGAACUUUGCUGUGAAGGAAUUUACAUCAGAGUGUGAGUUACACAAAGAAUUUGAAACUCUGGGCUUAUCUGACCUCUAUGAUAAGUUUGUGCAUUUUUGAAAUGUCCCUUCAACAUGAAUGGAUAGAAGAAAAAUAAAUCUAUCUUUGCGUGGAAAUUGUGACUUUGGAAUGUCUCGACCCGAAACGCCUCUUUGCCUCCACAGAUGCUGACUGACUCCGUAGUUUGUUUGCACGAUACAAUAAGAUAUCUGUAAACUUUGUUCCUAACCUGAAUCUGUUAAUAAAUUAAAUGGAUUUAAAUGAACACGACUGGUGUAAGCAGAUUGAUAAUCUACAUUGAAUUGAUAUUUACGAUACGAUACGAUACAACUUUAUUUAUCCCAGGAGGGAAAUUGAUCUGCCAACAAUCAUUAAAACACAAAAUACAUGAAAUAUGAAAUUAAAGUGACGAGUGGAAAGGAUUUACGAUGUGCAAAGGGGGGGGGGGGAGUCACUCAGUCUACCCCAAGACAGAAAGAAAGAAGGGGAGUUGAACAGUUUGAUAGCCACAGGCGUUCUGUGUUGCAUCUUGGUGGAACCAGUUUGUUGCUGGAGGUACUUCUCAGGUUGACCAGUGUGUCAUGGAGGGGGUGAGCUGUACUGUCCAGGAUGCUCUGCAGUUUGAGGAGCAUCCUCCCCUCCAAGACCACCUCCCAUUGCCCGGGUGGGGUUAGAAAGGGAAUACGCCCUGUCCACGGGCACCCUGGGCUCCGUAGGGUGUUGAAUGCAUCCUUGACAAGGAGUGUAAGAUAAUUGUACAGCAGUUUAUUAAGGAUAUUUGUGUGUAUUGUAUUAUGGUGGUGGGAUCUGGUUUGUUUUAUUGUAGUGUAAUCAAAUUUUUGAAUAAUUGAAUACAUUUCUUGAAUAAAUAAAUAUAUAAAUAAAUGGACCUCC